AUGGCCAUGCAAGAUAUUGGUGUUUCGAUGGUGGGGAAAAUCGCGGAGAAGUUUAUUGAUCCAAUUAUGCAUCAAUUUCAGUAUUUAUUUUGCUAUAGAAACAACGUUGAAACCCUGAAGAAUGGCAUCAAAAAACUCGAGCUAACGAAAACUGAGGUGCAACGAUUGGUAGAUGCAGCAAGAAAUAAUGGUGAAGAAAUUAAACCAAUUGUUACUGAUUGGCUAAGGCAGGCUGAUGGUCUAGAGAAAGAGGCAGAUACUAUUUUUGAGGGUAUGGAGAAUGUUAAGGUGAAUUGCUUUAAAAUUGUUAGGCUUCCGAAUUUGAAGUCACGUUAUUUGAUAGGCCGCCAUGCUGCCAAAAGAGGAAAUGAUGCUGAAAAACAUCUCAGAGAGCGGCAGUUUGAUGAAGUUGGAUACCUUCCUCCACUGGGGAAAAUGCCUUUUAGUGAAUCAACCCCAUCCUUUGAGGAAAGUCUAAUUACAAGGAUGUCAAUGAAAAGGGAAGUGAUUGAAGCUCUAAAGCAGGAUAAAAGAAGUCUACUCGCAAUUUGUGGUAUGGCCGGCGUAGGCAAGACUUUUUUGUUGGAGCAAAUUGCCGACCAGGUUAAGUCUGAGAAACUGUUUGAUGGCAUAGCCUUUGCAUCUAUUUCUCAAAAUCCAGACAUGAGAAAUGUCCAAAAUCAACUUGCUGAGCAGUUAAGGAUGACAUUACUAUCUGAGCACAGUGGUCGUGCAAGAACUGAACAGAUUUAUACUAGACUAACCAAUAGUGACAAGAGAAAUCUUGUUAUGCUGGAUGACAUUUGGGAAGAAGUGGAUCUUAGGAGUCUAGGAAUUCCCAUUAGAUCAGGUGAGUGCAAGAGCUUAAAAGUUGUAUUGACAUCUCGGUUCUCUCAUGUGUGUAGGAACAUGGAAGCUGAAAUUUUUGAGGUGAAUGCCUUGCCUAAGGAAGAAGCAUGGCAUCUUUUUAAAGAGGUUGCGGGAAUUUCCGAUGAUUCAGCUUUGAGUGACGUUGCAAAACAAGUUGCAGAAGAAUGCAAAGGAUUACCUCUAGCAAUCGUUGUUGUUGCCAGGGCAUUUAGGACUAAUUAUACAACACCAGAAUCCUGGAAACUCGCCCUUGGACAGCUAAAGAAGUACACAAUGAGAGACCUAGAAAGAGUUCAAGAUUUGGUGUUUUCCAGAAUCGAAUGGAGCUAUGAUCGUUUGAAAAGUGUUGAAGCCAAGUCACUACUACUGUUUUGCAGCUUGUUUCCAGAGGAUUAUAGCAUUCCAGUCGAAUGUUUGGUUAGGUAUGGGAAAGGGCUGAAAAUGUUCCAAGAUAGAGAGACUUUGGGAGAUAUGAGAUAUAGAGUAGACCAGAGUAUCAGUGACCUUAAAAGUUGCUAUUUGUUGCUAACCGAUGGUGGAAAAGAAGACCAUGUAAAAUUGCAUGAUGUCGUGCGAGAUGUUUGCUUGAAAAUUGCAUCAGAAGGCGAGCAUGUAUUUUUGGUAAGGAACGUUGGAGGAAAAGAAGGGCGCCCGCAACCUGAUUCAUUUGGUCGUUAUACAGCUGUUUCGCUGACAUGGAAGGGCAAUUCUAAUGGACCAUUUCCAUUGGGAGAGGAAUGUCCAAAGCUUAGGCUGCUGCGUUUGGUCUUCCAGUCAAGCAAAAUGAUCAACCUAUCACCAGAUUCUUUUGCAGGGAUGGAAGAUCUCAGGGUCAUGGAGUUUAACAAAUUACAGAUUGAAUUUUCACCAUCAGAUCCUGGCCAAAUGUUGAUGAGCCUUCGGACAUUGUGCCUGGAUUAUUGUGAGUUAGGGAUUGGAACGUCGUCGAUGAUUGGAUACAUGACGCAAUUAGAGAUUUUGAGCUUCUUUGGGUCCAAACUUCGGGAUAAUCAGUUUCCAACCGAAAUUGCUCAGCUGAGUAAUUUAAAGGUGUUGGAUUUGAGGGUUGAAAGUAGCCGCCACCCGUUGUCUCUUGGUAUCUUGUCAAGCUUGAAAAAGCUAGAAGAAUUGUAUAUGGGAUUUCAUCGUCCAUUGCGGCUAGGGAGAAAUGCAGAAGAAGAAAGAGGAUGCAUUAAAGAGAUCACAUCACUCGCUUGCCUUGAAUGUCUCCAAAUUAAUUUACGUGGCAUUGACGACCUGCUUCUAUUAUUACGCGAAUUCCCUGUUGAGAGGUUGUCAAGAUUUAACAUUAGUUGCAAACAAACUCGGACAAAAAAUGGUGGAGACUAUCAAUUUCGGAGGAAUUUCAAACUUUAUUUGCGUGACGAGAAAGAUUCCGAACUAGCAUUGUGUCCUGCAGUUACUAGCAUAAUCAGGAGAACUGAGAAUCUCAUUUUGGACCUUGGGUUCUUGUUUCGCUCGGGGAAUUUUGUGAAUGACUUAGAUGAAAGUGGAUUUGUCAAUUUGAAAAGGCUCAGAUUGAAGUCGGGUUCAUGGGAAUGCCUUAUUGAUUCCACCACCAACCUAGCUCCUCGACAUGUUUUUGAAAAUCUGGUGUUCAUGGAAUUAACAUCUGGAAAAUUGGAAGAAAUAUGUUAUGGAAAUCUUCCACCUCGUUGCUUCAGCCAACUUCAAGAGAUGAAACUCCAGAGAAUAAAUUUUAUUGAGUACUUGUGGAAGGGGCCAAUUGAACCUCCGUCACUUUGCAAUCUCAGAGGUCUCACUCCCUCGGUUGGAAAUGCUAGACCUUACAAGUCCUGGUUAUCGCCCAGAACAAUUUGUAGGAGGUGA